GCACUGCGCUGUCCCGGACAAUGCACCAGGCUGGCCACUACGCCUGGCCUUCUCCAGCUUUGAACAGCUCAUCUGGACAGGAACCCCAGAAGCAGCUCCCGGAGGUGCCAGGUGGGGCCUGGGAAUCUCCUGGAGGGGAUGGGCUUCCCCUGCUCACUAUCAUCGUCGCUGCCUUUGUCCUGCUGGCAGUCUGCAUCGUGGUGGCAGUCCACUUGGGGCCAAGGCUGCACCAGGGCCAUGCCAUUCUCCCUACGGAGCCACCAGCCCCAAAGCCAGAGGGUGGCAUCUACCUCAUCCACUGGCGGGUGCUGGGCCCCCAAGGCAAUCAUGAAGAAACCCAGCAGGGACCUCUUCUCUCUGGCUCCUGCCCUGAGCCAUAUGGGCCCAGGCCCAGCAUUGAUGAAGUCACAUACCUGUAGGAGGGAGAAUUUGGAAAGUUUGCCUGACCUGGCUCAAC